CUGCAGCAUGUUUGGUUUCGUGGUGCUGACCUGCGUGCUCUGCGUAGGACAAGCUGCAGGACAAAGAGAUGGUGAAAUUAUAAAUCAGAUUAAAAUGUCAAACCACGCCUUGACGGAGAUAAGAGAGCUUCUAAAACAAAUGAUCAAAGAGAUGGUAUUCCUUAAAAAUACAGUGAUGGAGUGCGAAGCCUGUGGGAUGGGUGGAGGGCUACCUCGACCAUCUUGUGUACCCAAUCCAUGCUUCCCUGGCGUAAAGUGUAUGGAGACACCUCAAGGUCUAAAUUGUGGACGCUGUCCCGAGGGCAUGGAGGGUAACGGCACCCACUGCACUGAUGUGGAUGAGUGUUCUGUGAUACCAUGCCACAUGGGUGUCCGGUGCAUCAACACAUCCCCAGGGUUCCGCUGUGGUUCUUGUCCCUCGGGAUACACUGGCCCUCAAAUACAAGGCGUUGGCAUGGCUUUCGCCACUGCUAACAAGCAGGUAUGCAAGGACAUCAAUGAGUGUGACAGCCACACAAAUGGGGGUUGUGUAGAGAAUUCCAUCUGUAUGAACACUCCAGGCUCCUUCAGAUGUGGCCCCUGUAAGAAAGGCUACAUAGGUGACCAGCGACGUGGCUGCAAGCCUGAGAGGGCAUGUGGGAAUGGCCAACAGAGCCCUUGUCACGCCAGCGCAGAGUGCAUCAUGCAUCGAGACGGCAAGAUUGAAUGUCAAUGUGGAGUAGGUUGGGCAGGCAACGGGUUCCUGUGUGGGCCUGACAUUGACAUUGAUGGUUUCCCAGACGAGAGGUUGGACUGUGCUCAGAGAAACUGUGCCAAGGAUAAUUGUCUCACUGUGCCGAACUCUGGUCAAGAGGAUGCUGAUCGUGAUGGAAUUGGAGAUGCCUGUGAUGACGAUGCAGAUGGAGAUGGGAUCCCCAAUACACAGGACAACUGCGUGCUGGUACCCAAUGUGGACCAAAGGAACCUCGAUGAAGACGAUUUUGGUGAUGCUUGCGACAACUGCCGUGCUGUCAAAAACAACGACCAAAAGGACACCGAUGUGGACAAAUAUGGCGAUGAAUGUGAUGAAGAUAUCGACGGGGAUGGAAUCCCCAAUUACCUGGAUAAUUGCAAAAGAGUUCCAAAUGCUGACCAAAAAGAUCGUGAUGGAGACAAAGUUGGAGAUGCCUGUGAUAGCUGUCCCUAUGAUCACAACCCAGACCAAUUGGACGCAGACAACGACCUGAUCGGAGACCCUUGCGACACUAACAAAGACAGUGAUGGCGACGGUCACCAAGACUCUCGUGACAACUGCCCAGCCGUCAUUAACAGCUCCCAACUGGAUACCGACAAAGACGGUAAAGGAGACGAGUGCGAUGACGACGACGAUGAUGAUGGCAUUCCGGACCUGCUGCCACCGGGUCCCGAUAACUGCCGUUUAAUCCCUAACCCCUUGCAGGAGGACUCCGACGGCAAUGGCGUAGGUAAUGUGUGCGAAAAGGAUUUCGACAACGACACCAUCAUUGACACCAUCGAUGUUUGUCCUGAAAAUGCCGAGGUCACGCUCACAGACUUCAGGGAGUAUCAGACUGUGGUUUUAGACCCAGAGGGGGAUGCUCAGAUUGACCCCAAUUGGGUGGUGCUGGACCAGGGAAGAGAGAUUGUUCAAACAAUGAAUAGUGAUCCUGGGUUGGCUGUUGGUUACACUGCUUUUAGUGGAGUCGAUUUCGAAGGGACUUUUCAUGUCAACACAGUGACAGAUGACGACUAUGCAGGAUUUAUUUUCGGGUACCAAGACAGCUCCAGUUUUUACGUGGUCAUGUGGAAACAGGUGGAGCAGAUCUACUGGCAAGCAAACCCAUUCAGAGCAGUGGCAGAACCGGGCAUCCAACUGAAGGCAGUAAAGUCAAACACAGGCCCUGGCGAGAACUUGAGGAACGCCUUGUGGCAUACCGGCGACACGAACAAUCAGGUGAAACUGCUGUGGAAAGAUGCUCGAAAUGUUGGCUGGAAGGACAAGACGUCUUAUCGGUGGUUCCUCCAGCACCGACCGGCUGAUGGAUACAUCAGAGUUCGGUUCUACGAGGGUCCUCAGAUGGUGGCAGACACAGGGGUCAUUAUAGACGCCACAAUGAGAGGGGGUCGACUUGGGGUCUUCUGCUUCUCACAGGAAAACAUCAUCUGGGCCAACCUGCGAUACCGCUGCAACGAUACUUUACCAGAAGACUUCGACAACUACCGUGGACGGCAGGUUCAGCUGGUGGCCUAAAAAAAAUGACCUGCAAGCGAUUGGAAAACCACCACAGAAUGAAUUCAGAUCUCAGACUGAUGUAUAAGAAUAAGCUUAUCAGAGGAAAUCUCAAAAGGAUAUUCAACACUUUUAAAAAAAAAAAAAUUAUUGGUUUUAGGUUGUCACAAACUGAAUGAUGCAUGGGGUCUUUUGUUAUCAUUACGGGCAUGUUCUCCAAAAAAUAGAAUUCUGAGGGAAAGUCCAUUUAUUUAAAAAAUGUGUUUUAGAAAGUAAAACAUAUUAUACAUGCGGUCUAAUGUUUCAAGCCUUUACGUUUCAAUUCUGAUUAUUGCAGAAAAUAUUUUUGGGGCGUGGCCCACAAAAAAAUGAUCUUGAACAUCAAACGUUAGCCUAAAAGUGUAUCAAAAUAAUAUGCACUCAAUACUUUAUUGGGCAUCCUCUUGCAAGAUUAAGAGUGAGAUUAUCCUUUGGCACAGUUCAGGUGUUAUAAUAGUUCAAAUUGCGGAUGUUCUGUUUUCUCAUCUUCCAUUUCACAAUCAAAUCAAGCAGGUUUGCAGGCCAAUCAACUACUGUUAUUUCAUGGCUAUUAGUAGUUUUGGCUUCAUGGGCAGGUGCCAAAUUCUGCUGGAAACUAAAAUCAUUCACUGCAAAAGGUUUGUUGCAGCAUAAAGUCCUCUGGCAUAACCAUCAACACAAAUAGUGGCUUGAAAUAUUUGACGUUAUGUGUGGUGACCCAAUAUAACAUACUGUAAAGUUUCAUAAUGAAACACUUGAAAAUUACUUUCGUGUGAUUCGCUUUUAUUUGGCAUGCACCUCUAUGAUUUAAGAUGCUAAAUAAUUGA